AUGGCGGCCAUCGCUGGAAACAAGAAGCGGGAGAACAUCCAUACUGACAUCGGUUUUGUGGGAAGAAAAACUGGCUUCAUGGUCCAAGCCGAUCUCGCUCGAGACGACAAUGGGAUGGAAGAUAUGAGCGCCUUCUUUUCACCGACAUCUAAUGUAGGAACAUUGCCUCAUAUUGCCGACGACGACGACGACGACGACGAUUCAAUAGUUGGGGAUUUCGAGGAAGAUCUUGAGGAACCUGGGCACGAAAGCGACAUAGACAUGCCAUCAGAUGAUGCCCCACGUGCUCAAAACGUGUCAGGAAAUGAUGGUAGUGCCUCCAUGGAAAUGGAAGAGAGCACUGCUAGAAGCGUAACAGCCGUCCUAGAGACAAGAAAGGGCAUAAACACACCAGCGAGACGAAAGUCAAUGCAUAGCACGCACGCAACCCCGAACCUUCCCUUGUCAAGCGUCACACCACAAUCGAAUAUAUCCACUCCGGCAAUACGACGCCCAAAGAUAAAGACAACACUGAAACCGCCCAGCUCCCAGUUAUCGAAACCCUUGGCACGGGACGAGGAAACUCGGGGCUCAUUUGGCUCUCACAAGGAAAAUGUACCUAAUUCUUUCGAUUCUAGACAGUCAGAUGAAGCUCCUGUUGAAGCUCCUGUUCCUCGAUCAAUCCCGCUUGGCGCGAGAGCUAGUGGUCUCCGUGCCACUGGCGGGCGUGGUAGCAGCAUGCUCGUUGCGAGGGGCCUGAGAACCGCGAGACCAGCUAUUACCCCCCCGCCACUUUCAGAUGAUGACGAUGACGAUGAUGACGAGCCGCCAAAAUUUAACGAGGAGUCAACUUUGGAUGAUACGGAGAUGGAUGUUAUCCCAGCCCCACAACCUAAAUCCAAGACAACCCAACGCCCUGCAGCGCGGAAAGAAAACUUAGCGGAAUCAGACGUUCCAGAGACAUCCAGCCAGAAACCGAAGCCAGGGAAGAAAGGGAAGGCCAGUUUGUCAAAAACUACCGAAGAGGUGGCUGCCCCGAUUGCAUCUAAACCCGAUAAACCCGCGACGCAAAAAAGGGGACGGAAACCCAAGGUUACUGAAAUUAUUGAGGAUACUCUCGAGGCAGGAGCUUCACAUGUUGGUGAGGAAGGGCUGGAUACACCGGACGCAGGAAUUCCAGAUAUGGAACCCGAAGAAUUGGAAGAAGCUGUGGAGGCAGAACCUUCACCCCCAAAGAAAGGAAAGGGUGGUAGGAAAAAGAAGCAGGCUGCGACUGACACAGAAGUAGAGACAGAACCGCAGCCUUCUACCGCCAAUAAUGCGAGCCAAAAAAGAAAAGGUGGACGACCAAAGAAGAUAGCUGAACCAGAACCCGAAUUGGAGGAGGAGCCUACACAAGUAGAUGAGCCGGAGCCGGAGCCGGAGCCGGAACCUGUGACGCAAAAGGCUAAAGGUAGACCUAAAAAAUCGAAGAAAGGAGAUACAUUAGUUCCAAGCCGGGACGUCGAGACGCAGGAAGGGCCAAGUGAAGAGCUAACAGAGCAAUCGCAACCGGAAAAUCCCACGGAGCGAAGGAAGGGAAGGAAGCGCAAGGCCGAGACACUUGUUCCCGACACAGAACCCGAGACUCAAGGAUCUUCUGCUAUCGCGGAACCUGCGGAAUCCAAUGCUGCUAAGAAACGGAAAGGCUCCAAACAAACAGUCGUUAAACCAGUUGUUGAAAAAUCGAGGGUUCCUGCUGUUGAUCCUAGCGGAGAAGCGGAGGGAAGGAGAUCAGCAAGAACCCGCACAGCACCUUUGCAGUUUUGGAAAAACGAGAAGGUUAUUUACAAAGCUAAGGAAAGAGACGAAUCCGGCCGAGUUGUAGCUAUGUCUACGGACUUCCUCAGAGUCGACGAGGAACCUGUCGCACCAAAGAGGAAGGCUCGCCCUUGGCGUCCCGUCGUCGUACCCGUCACUGAAAGGGUCACCAAGCGUACAACGAAGAAGAAGGCGAAGGAAGCCCGAAAAGCUGUUGAAGAGAGUAGUAGUGAAUCGGAGGGUGGUGAAAGUGAGGACGACUGGGAGCAGGUUGGGAAAUUGGUCGGGAUGGUCAGACAAUGGGCCCCGGACAAUGAGGAUGAAGAUAGGGAAGAUGAUGAAAUUGAGGAUGAAAUUGCAACUUCGCGCCACGGAAUCGAAUUCAAACCGAUAUUUGGAUCUGACUACCUCUUUGCUAAAACACUAGGGAAGCCCUUCAUGGGAUGUGGAAUCCUUGAGCUACAGACGGGGGCGUCUAAGAAACUCAAGAGCAGCGGGAAAAUGCAACUUGUGUUCUUCAUCCUCAAGGGUAAAGUCGAGGCAGAAGUCAACGAGCUUGGAUUCAGGAUAUCUCAUGGCGGGCAGUUCCAGGUCCCACGUGGUAAUAUGUACAAAAUAUCGAACCCUUUCAAGAAAACAGCCAAGAUAUUCUUUGCGCAAGCAUGUAUUCCUGACCCAGAUGCCGAGGCGGAAUGA